GAGGAGGCGGUGGCUUCCGGCCGGGGCGGUACGGUUGCUGCAGAGGCGCUUUGGACGCCGGGCCGCGUGUGUACUCUCGGGGGCGUGGCGGCGGGAAGAGCCGGGCGGCAGGCGCUGGCGGUCUCCGGGUGGCCGCGCCUCCCCUGGAGCCGGACUCUGCGGGCACGUGAGUGGGAGCGGAGCGGCGGGGAGAAGCCGACCCGGCCGGCGAGGUCCGGCUCGCGGCUGAAGGACCUCCUAGUCUCCACAGGCCCUGGAAGUUCAAACCUCGGUUGGUGUUUUGUUGUGGAGGCCAUGGAUACCUCGACGCCUUUGCCUCCCGUAGCCCCCUCCCCGGCCUGCAACCCAGCCCCACGGACGAUCCAGAUCGAGUUCCCUCAGCAUAGCUCGUUACUCCUGGAGGCCCUGAACCGCCACAGGCUGGAGGGAAAGUUCUGUGACGUGUCCCUCCUGGUGCAGGGCCGCGAACUUAGGGCCCACAAAGCGGUGUUGGCUGCCGCCUCUCCUUACUUCCACGACAAACUACUUCUGGGGGAUGCACCACGUCUCACCUUGCCCAGCGUCAUCGAAGCCGACGCCUUCGAGGGGCUGCUCCAGCUCAUUUAUUCCGGGCACCUCCGUCUGCCACUGGAUGCUCUCCCUGCCCACCUCCUUGUGGCCAGUGGUCUCCAGAUGUGGCAAGUGGUAGAUCAGUGCUCAGAGAUCCUUAGAGAACUAGAAAACUCAGGUGGUGGGAUUUCAACUCGGGGAGCGACCCCUUUCCACACACUUCUUUCCACCACAUCCUCUCCAGGAGACUGGUGCAUCCGCUCUUCCCCUUUCCAGACUGUGGCGCAGUCUUCUGCUUCUACCCAGAGCCCCGUUGGAGGGGAGGGGAGUGAACUGGGAGAUAUGUUACAGCUUCAAGUUGAAGAAGAGGAGGAGGAGGAGGAAGAAGAAGAUGAGGAGGACCAGGGAUCAACAGUACCCUCUCAGACUCCUCAGCCUCAGAGAGGGUCAGGGGGUUUUCCUCGCUCUCCUGCAUCCCACGCCCUGCCCACAUCCACUACUCCUUGCAGGCUUCCAGAGAGCGAGAGUGCUCCACCUGAGCCUCCUGCCCCUCAUACUGUACUGCCUCCCAAAAUCUUCUACAUUAAGCAGGAACCCUUUGAGCCCAAGGAGGAGAUAUCAGGAGGUGGAACUCAGUCUGGAGGAACAAAGGAGGAGACCAAAGUGUUUCCAGGAGGGAACACUGAAGAGAAUGGAGAGCUAGGGUUCUUGCUGCCCUCAGGAGCAGGGCAAACAUCUGGAGGAGGUGGUCCAUCCUGGAAACCAGUGGAUCUUCAUGGGAAUGAAAUCCUGUCAGGGGGUGGGGGACCUGGGGGAGUAGGGCAAGCUGUGCAUGGACCUGUGAAGCUAGGCGGGGCACCCCCUGCAGAUGGAAAACGCUUUGGUUGUUUGUGUGGGAAGCGGUUUGCAGUGAAGCCAAAGCGUGACCGGCACAUCAUGCUGACCUUCAGCCUUCGGCCCUUUGGCUGUGGCAUCUGUAACAAGCGCUUCAAGCUGAAGCACCAUCUAACAGAGCAUAUGAAGACCCACGCUGGAGCCCUGCAUGCCUGUCCUCACUGUGGCCGCCGGUUCCGAGUCCAUGCCUGUUUCCUUCGCCACCGGGACCUGUGCAAGGGCCAGGGCUGGGCCACUGCUCACUGGACUUACAAGUGACUACUGAGGCCAUACACGAAUUUCCAGGACAAGGGGGCCACUGCUGCUGUUGGAUACUUACCCCUCACUACUAUGGCACCGCAAUCCUGUAUCUUGUUAAUUAUGCCAAGAGGAUAGCUAUGUUAUGGACCUCUUGUUUUUGGGUGUGGGCUUCAACCUGACCGAUUUGGAAACUGAUUUCUCAUCUCACUCCAGGUUUUGGCUAACUACCCUACAGGAAAGUGGUUCACAGGCCAUAUGUAAAUCGAUCAGUUGCCCAUAAUAGAUAUUCUUUUCAUACAGGAAACUGGAAUUCAGAUUAGAAGUUUAUUUGAUGAGAGAGGAGUUAGCAAGAAAAAUUAUGAUAAAUAUUUCAUUCAGUCUCUGUGAGUAGUUAAGGGAGCUGGUCUCCAUCUAGAGAUAUGUUUGAUUCAGAGUUCUGGUAAUCUGGAGACUAAGCUCUAAGCUUUACUCUCCCUCAUCAUUGCUGAAAUUAUGUGAGUAGAGGUCUUCUUUUAUACUUCUGUUAAAAUUUUCCAGAAACCCUUCAGAUUAUAAAUUGCUUUCUCACUAGUAGGUAAUUUUGCAACACCUUUUUUGUUGUAUGUUGUAGUUGAGCACUUUAACAGAUUGCGCAUUCCAUGUGUCACUUAGACCCCUCUUUAAUAGAGGAUCUUAGUUCCCGGACCAGGGGUCCAACCUAAGCCUCCUGCAGUGGAAGCGCGGAGUCUUAACCACUGGACUGCCCGGGAAGUCCCUCUUGUCUACCUUUGACCACCACUGAUCGUCCAUAUUGAUCACACUGACUGGAAUGUGACCAGUGAACUCAGGAGAUGGCCACUGACCUAAAAUACUCUCAGGGUAGAAUCACCGCUCUGAAGAAGUGGCUAUGGUCAGAGGGACUCAGGGCUGAGACGACACAUGCUGAAAACUAGAGAAAUAACUGCACAGUGGGACCACACCCCCUCCCUUUCCAUCCCUACCCACACUUGACAGCCCCUUGGUCGACACACAGAAGGAUAGAUGUUGGAAUGGGGAGAUUGUCAUAAGUUUCUUAAUUUCUUCAAAUAAACUUUGCCGUGAAAGCUAAGCUGACAGUGGACUGAAUUGAGUCAUUUAUAUGGGAGAGACGAUGUGAGAACAGAGUUGCAAAGACUUGGACAUAUUCCUUAUGCGGCUGGGUUAUGUUCAUGGGGGAAGAAUCGGAUAGUCUCACACUGCUGCAGAGAACACUGUCCUGGAUGUCAGUGGGCCAGAUUCUCAGCCCUGACCUGCCCCUGAAUAACUUCUGUUCUGGAGGCUGGGAAGUCCAAGAUCAAGCACCAGAAGAUUCAGUGUCAUGAAGACCUGCUGCCUGGCUCAUGGACAGUCAUCUUGCUGUAUCCUCACAUAGUGCAAAGAGAAAGGGAGCUCUCUGGAGUCUCUUUUAUAAGGGCACUAAUCCCAUACAUGAGGUCUUCACCUUCCUGACCUAAUCACCCCAAAGCCCCACCUCCUAGUAACAUCGCAUUGGGGAUUAGGAUUUUAACAUAAUUUUGAGGGAUAUAAACAUUCAGUUCAUUGCAGAUGUGAUUGAAGAGGUGGGCUGGGCUAUAUAGAGCCUUGCACAUCAUGAUGAGGAAUGCAGAUUUUAUUCUAACUGCAAUGAGAAGACGAUAAAGAGUUUAAAGUAGGGGAGUAACGAUCUUUUCACAUUUUAAAGAGAUUCCUAUAGCUAUAGAACAAGUAUUGGAUCAUUAAAGGAAGGAUCAUUAAAGGAUCACUCUUGGAAGAAAAAAAAGGGGGGGGGUGCCAAGAGUGGGAGCAGGGAAACAAAUUAGACUGUUUCAUUAGUGCAGAUAAGAGGUGAGUAAAUGCAGCAGACAUGCAGAGAAGGAGAUGGAUUAAAACUGUUAUUAUAUUUUGAGGUAGGACUGACAGAACGUUUUAACAGAUUAAUAUAGAGAUUGUGGGAAAAUAAAAAAUCAGGGAUGACUUCUAGAGUUUUGGCUUGAGCAGUUGAAUUGGAGGCCAGUUAAUGAGUGGGAGACAGGAAUAGAACUUGGGAGUGGAUCAAGGGCAGACACAUGUAUUGACCAGGGUUCUUCUAGACCAGGGGGUGGCAAACUUAUUCUAUAAAGGAUAAGAUAGUAAAUAUUAGGCUUUGCAUGUUAAGAAGCAAAAUCAAGGAUAUUAUGUAGGUACGUAGAAAUUAAGGAAAACAAAUUUCCGUGAUUCCUUUGAAUUUAUUGACAAAAUUCAAAUUAUAAUAAUUGAGCACAAAUUUUUGUAGUACAGGUCUGUUGCUUAAAUGGGGUUCAGACUUAGUGUUUCCUAUCAUUAAAAUCAAUUGCAAAUGUUCAUCUGUUAGUGCUGAUCUAUAAUAGAAUGUUAUGUAUUUCAUCUUUGAAAAUGUCUUCACACAGAUAGUACUGCCAAAUACUGGUAUCAAUCCCAAGAGCGUAUGAUUUUAACUGAGCACAUUCAUCACUUGAAAGGCAUUUAUAGAAUUCUGUAAUUUAUAUUCUCUUCAUACUUGCCUCUUAUCACAUCAUUACAUCGUAGAUCAAGCACAUCCAAUUGAAGGUUAGGUGGAAGUGCCACAGUUGCACAGUUAGAUGAAAUAUAGAAAUUUCCUUUGCACUUGCACUGAGGUCUGAAAAACAUUGCUGGAACUGUAGUUUGAGCUCAGAAUAUGUAUCUGUUGCAAAUUUGUGUGGGAAUGGAGCUCUUGCUUCUUGUUCUUGACUCUACAUGCAAUUAAAACAACUUUAAUGAUUUUGCUGCGAUGUAUGUUUCCAUAUAAGCUCUGUUUUGCUUUGUAAUUUUUUGACUUGUAAGAAACGGUACCAUGUCUGUAGCAUGUCCACUGGCCAAUGUAUGGAUGAACAAAAUGUGGUAUUUAUAUACAAUGGAGUGUUACUCAACCUUAAAAAGGAAGGAAAUUCUGACACAUGCUCCAACAUAGGUGAACCUUGAAGACAUGUUAAGUGAAAUAAUCCAGGUACAAAAGGAAAAAUACUGUAUGAUUCCGCUUAUAUGAGGGACUUAGAGCAGUCAAGUUCAUAGAGACAGAAAGUAU